UCGACUCUCGGAAGUCGGAUCAUACAGACAGUGUCAGUUUGCCGUGUCGACCGCACGCGCUAUUUAUUACGAUAACGAAACAACAAGUUGUGUAAAUAAUAAAAAUGGUGCCUAUAUCGUUAGUUGAACCCGCUGUACGAUCUUACAUCGUAUACUCCGGUAUUUUGGCGCUUAAGGUGCUGGGAAUGGCAGUGUUGACUGGAAGAGUUCGGUACAGGAAAAAAGUGUUCGCAAAUCCGGAGGACACCAAAACGACUAAAGGAGUUGUAAAAUUCGACGAUCCUGACGUCGAGAGAGUUCGACGCGCGCAUCUGAACGACUUGGAGAAUAUUCCAGCGUUUUGGCUACUCGGUGCAUUGUACCUGACUACAGGGCCCUCCGCCGAAUUGGCUACUCUUCUGUUCAGAGUGUUUACGGCUGGUCGGAUAAUACACACGAUUGUUUACGCCGUCAAACCCUUGCCCCAGCCGGCGCGAGCUAUCGCUUACGGUAUUCCUUAUCUUAUCAAUUGGUUUAUGGGAGUGCGCAUUGUGUCUUAUUAUAUAACCGCUCUAUAAACGGAUAUAAAUGUAGCUUGGAAGUUAGUAGGUAAAUCCUGAAACAUACAUAACGCGCGACGUCAGCGCGGCGCGACGAAAAUGUCCUUCAUGGUUUUUAGAAGUCGUAAUACAAGGAAUGAAAUGAAGGCGAAGUGCGCGUUGAAGCUACGCUUCUGUAGUAGCGUACCCACUGGGCGUUGCAUACGGGACUGGUAUAGCAAGCGCCCCAGGUAUGCGGCCGGAACGCUGUGAAGGCAAAAUGCUCGGCGCUCUAUGGAAUGAACUGGCGCGUGGUGGCCGGCGCCGGGCACGGGCGCUUGUUGUAUUUCAUUUCAUACAGUACCAUAAGUACGUUUUGUUUCACAGAGCCCGUCCGCUCAAGACAUCAUUUUCUCUAGUCCCUACCUACCGUUGUGUAACGCAAUCCCGAUUCCUUGUAUCAUCAGCCAGUGUACGCGCGCAUUUUGUGUAACGUUUUGUGAUGUUCUCGUCGCAUCGCACUGCCAUCGAGCGAAUUUGUUUUGUUUCAGGCUUAAGAGUAAUUUUACGGGACUGAGGUUUGAUUUGGAGAUAAAACUUUGGCAUUUUCAUGAUUUUAUGAUAUUUAAAACGGUUCAGUGGGGUUUCAUUAUUUAUCGAUAUUCGCUGGAAUAAUAACAGCAAUAGGAGAUUUUGUCACCUAAGUACAAGUAUUAUAAACGAAAUAUGUACCUAACCUACCUAUUGAUAGGUACAAAUUGUAUUAGAUACUAAACGACCUCUAUGUUAGUAUAUUAUAAUGUAAAUAACGGGUACCUACAUACCACGAAUAAUAUGAUACUUUUGAAUUAUUUUAUCGGUAUUUUGACCCAGUCGCAUAAGUCGUGGUCAGGACGGGACUCAAAAAAAUCCGUUGUGACCGCGACUCGUGCAACUGGGUGGUAUUUGUUUGAAAUAGCUCUUUUAGAGGUCUUCCUAAGGUAAUUCAAAGGGUUAGAUACUAUAGUGUAAAAUAGCAAGCAUAAUAAAUUCAAGUUGCUACUCUAAAUUAAUUAUUGUGGUAUGAUGAGUUAAUUAUUAUAUCGAAGGUCAGUUUAUCUCUAUAUUAUAUUCCUUAUUUAUACCUAAGCGAUAAAUACAAGUAGGUAGGUACCUAAUAGAUACGAUUAUGUGAUAGGUAGCAACUAACAACUAACUACAUUAAAUAAAUUUAUGUGAUUUA